GCGCCGCGGAGAGCCGUGGACAGGGCGCUGCGCUCGGGGCUACCCAAUGCUCGGACUAUCCGCCGCCGCCGCUCGUGCAAUAUGCUGGAGCUCCAGAACAGCUAAACGGAGUCGCCACACCGCUGCCUGGGCUGGAUCGCAGCGCUGCCUUUCCUUAUGAAGAAGACACAAACUUGGAUUAUCACUUGCAUUUAUCUUCAACUGCUCCUAUUUAAUCCUCUUGUCAAAACUAAAGAGAUCUGCGGGAAUCCUGUGACUGAUAAUGUAAAAGACAUCACAAAGCUGGUUGCAAAUCUUCCAAAAGACUAUAUGAUAACCCUCAACUAUGUCACCGGGAUGGAGGUUUUGGGUGUAAAAGAAUCAUCUAGGAGGCCAGAACCCAGACUCUUUACUCCAGAAGAAUUCUUUAGGAUUUUUAAUAGAUCCAUUGAUGCCUUUAAGGACUUUAUGGUGGCAUCUGAAACUAGUGACUGUGCAGUUUCUUCAACACUGAGUCCUGAGAGAGAUUCCAGAGUCAGUGUCACAAAACCAUUUAUGUUACCCCCUGUUGCAGCCAGCUCCCUUAGGAAUGACAGCAGUAGCAGUAAUAGGAAGGCUGACAAUUCCACUGGAGACUCUGAUCUACAAUGGGCAGCCAUGGCCUUGCCAGCAUUCUUCUCUCUUGUAAUUGGCUUUGCUUUUGGAGCUUUGUACUGGAAGAAGAAACAACCAAGUCUUACAAGAGCAGCUGAAAAUAUACAGAUUAAUGAAGAGGAUAAUGAGAUAAGUAUGUUGCAAGAAAAAGACAGAGAGUUUCAAGAAGUGUAAUAGCGGCUUGUAUCCACACUGUUACCUUCAUACAUUGGCUGGUAACAGUUCAUGUUUGCUUCAUAAAUGAAGCAGCUUUAAGACAAAUUCCUAUUCUGUCUGAAAUGACAGACCUCAUCUUUAUCUGUUCUUGCUACCCAUGGCAUUAUAUGGAUGAUUCAGAAAUUGGAACAGAGUGUUUUACUGUGAAACUGGCCUGGAAUUAAUCAUCUGUAAAGAAGAAUUUGCGAGGAGCAGGACUCUGUUUGAAGGACCUGGGGGUCUUGUGGUCUCAUUCAGAACUUGGAAGUCAUGAUGGGAGAGAAAACCCAUUUUCCCAGUCCACACACACACCAUUUGCAUGGCUCCCGAAAUGUCUAAGUGCUGAAAAACAACACUGCUUUACUCUUCAGUUACAGCCUACAGCUUGUAGUUAGCCAGGUCUCUGCAAGUAGAUUUCAGCCUGCAUAGUGAGGGGAGGGGGGGGAUUACUUUUUUUUCCUCAAAGGGAUCUAGAAAACAAGUACAAAAACAAACAAACAGACUGUAGCAUCAUGGAGUGGAAAGAAAUAGAAACUGUGAUUGGAGAGAUCAUGUCAGCUCUGUAGUUGCUGAUUAAGGAGAGGGGUCUGAUCUUGGCAUCUUCCUGGUGUAGACCAUGUACAGCCAUAUCCUACUAAAACAAUGAACACAGCUAGUUUGUUUUUCCCAGGCAAGGGAUCCAGUACUGAAUUUGAAAUGUGAUGCUUUGAUAUAGGGAAGCCUCUCAGAAGAGUCAUCACAAGACGAAGCUAUGAACACUGACCAGCAGAAGAAUGUGCUGUAGGGGACAUUUGGCUCCUGUAAUGAAGUCGUCAUUUCCCCUUGACCACUCUAGAGUAUAUACAUCGUGUUUGCAAACUAUAUUAUGACACGUUUAUAUUCUAGAACUGUUACAGACUUCAUGUAAUUGGACUUGGGAGAGAAUGACGAAUCUAUGAAGGUCCUGUUUUUAAUGUCCAUCAUGGGAGAGAGUAUAAAUAAAUUAUGAUAUUUAGUGUCUAAGGUUAGGAAAUGGCACCCACAUGCUGUAAUGGGUGUUGAAAACUGGGUUACUUGGAUUUGAUAAGAAUGCAAAGAAUCAGGAAACUUUAGUUAUUUAUAGUAUAAUCACCAGUAUCUGUUUAAAGGAACCAUUUAUUUAAAAAAAAUCAGGCACUCUGUAUUAAGAUUUAUGAAUUAAAAAUAAAGAGAGCUUUAUGUAGUUAUGCAUGUCAGUUUGCUAUUUAAAUGUGUGACAGCAUUUGCCAUAUUGAGUCAAUUUGACAGGAAUUUUCAAGGUGGGCAUCAUGCUUUUAAAUUAGACUCCAUAAGACCUGAAGUGAAUUCCCCGUACCAUUUUUUAAAGUUGAGAGAACACAUAGCCAGUCAAAGAAUAACUUUUCUUCACAUCUCACAUUGAUGAAAGUUCUUUUAACAUAUCAUGAACAAACAUAUAAAAGAAUCUAAAAGUUUUCAUUCUGACUUCAUCCUGAGACAUCAUCAUUAACCAUGCGCUAUAACCAUAAGACAUUUUUCAGUGUAAUUAUUCAAGUAUGGCAUGAAAACUGUUACCUUUCUGUUGGUUUUAAAAAAAAUCCAAGAAGUUCUAGUAUACUUGGAUGUUAGCUUAUAUUCAAAGCUAAUCAAGUAUGACUCCAGUAUGUGGCCUUUGCUCUUUUUUUAUACCAAAGAGAGCAAGUAAUUUCUAUGGUCCUUUUCUUCUCUAAAGUGCUGUGUUUCCUCAGGCACUCAGCAUUUUCUCUAAAAUGCAAGUGCAGAGGGAGGCUUUAUCAACUUGUUCAUGCUCUCAGACACACCAUGAUUCAUCAUAAAAUUAGGAGAUCAUUUUAAUUGCUGGAAGGACCUAUCUCAGUAUGUGGCAAUGGUUUUAUGGAGGAAAAUAGGCAUAGGUUAACAUAAGUAAUAUGUGUAAGUAUGUAGAGAUUAUGAAUAUUAAUACUUCUCAGACUGAUGCUUUGAUUUAUUUAUACAGUGGUUUCAGUUUGCUAGGGCCUAUGAGAAUGCUAUUUACUGAACUUGAAAGUACAGUAAAUAUACUUUUGUUCUCAGAGUUGUGCUUUAACACUCAAUGACCUUGUCUUAAUUGUGCCAAGUAACAAAAUUGAACAAGUUAUAUAACAUUUGACACAGUAGGAGAGAGAGAGAUGUGUCCUGCCUAAUACAUGUGUUAACUCAUUGGGAAUUUAGAUACUAAGUUUCAAUAAAGCAUAUGAACAAUGAAAACAAAAACAACAAGGCUGAACAUUUCUUUGGAUGCUAGCUGCUUGGACAGUAACUAUGUCAUACCCAUUUCCAGACUGAAAAAUAUAUAUGUGCUUAUUUUAAUUACUUAUAUGUUUAGAAUAUCUUUUUACAUAAAUUAUGAGAUGAUAAACCAUGAAAUAACCUUUUAAAUUGAUGCCAGAUAUCUGAUAGUUCUCUUUCAUAAUGUUUCAAACUUGCCUUUUAAUUAAAAUGAACUCAGAAGUAUGCAGAUUCUAAAUUAUACUGAAAACUGUACCUCUUUGGUAGAAACAAGUCCUAUCACAAAACUAGCUCUGGGAUUCAUAAUGAGGACUGCCCAGUCAUACUGAAGUAGUUCUGAAGUUUUUAUAAUCUAAUGGGCCUACCACACUGCCACUUUUAAUGGGUCAGAUACAAUUUGAUUUUGUUUUUCAGUAAGAUACUGGCAAAGUAACCUAUACUCUUAAAAUGAAUAUGAUUGUAGACAUGAAAAAUAUUAAUAUAAAAAAGUAUAUAUCCAUAAUGCAGUACUUGCUUUUGGUAGGAACCACACACAUUUCUACUGAGCAUUAGCAUACUUUUGAGACACUCUGUUGAGUAAUACAUGAGCAAAAAGUCCAUUCUGAAAUUGUGGAUAUUUCCCAAAGUGUUUUGAUUUCAAGAUUUAAUCUUGAUACGAAUCAUUUACCCAUUCUGUACUUAAUUUGCUUUCAGAAGUAUAUUCUUUCAAAAGGCAAUUUAGCUUAGAGGAAUAGAUGCUGAGCAAAACUACUAAAAGAACCUAGAAGAACCUAUUCUGCCAACAUCUAAUAUGGUAAAUGACACCCCUCCCCCAAUCCCACUUUGGAUCUCAAUUUUAUAUUGUGUGUAGCAUCUCAGGGGGUCACUCCUUAGAGAUGAGCCCUUGUUGCUAUGUGACUGACAAAAUAGAUAAAAUAGAGCAGAAAUUGCCCCAUACAAAGCUUCCAACUCUGAUCUCUGAAUAAACAACUUGACCAUAAAAAAAUCCUUGCUGUUUUGUUUCUAAUGUAAAAAUAGAGUCCAUUAGUAAAAGUGAAAUUCAGUCUCAAGUACAGUGAAUCAGAUAACCAUUUACACAAGAGAUGGCUUUUCCCUCUGUUUAAGUAAAUGUUUGGGAUCAUUUCUGAAGAAUAAAACUAAUAGUGCAUUUUAGUCAGGAACCAAUGUCAUAAGCUAUGCAUGACAUUUGGAAAGGCACCAGUGGGUACUUAAAUGUUCUAAUUUUAAUGAAUGCUAAGAGCAGAAGAUAUGAGAUACCAAGUUUCCUACUGCCAAAGGAUAUUUUAUGACUAAUUUAUGAAAGGAUAAUUCAUAAAUUACAGAUAAAAUUGGAAAGAGGGACAAGAAUUUAAAAGAAGCCAACUUAUCUUUGAACAGAUUAGUCUUAUUGAAAUUAUUAUCACUUUCUGAGACUGGUUUUAACAUACAUCCAUUCAGAGUAAAAUUUAUUUAUGGAGUUUGCUUGUAAAAUUCAUGGUGUUAGUAUUUUCUGUUAACUAGUCUUGAGAUGCCUCUGUAAAGGUAAAUCAUGGUACUUUCGUGUCAUAACAAGAUGUUCUAGAACUGAUUCAAUGUUUCCCAAGCAUUGUUAAUGUGUUACUGCCAUUUCCAACCGCAUUCUUAUAAUAUUUCUGAAAAUAAAAUUAUGAUAAUAGUUGUUUAAAACUAUGAACCAUAGUAUUUUAAUUUACUUGAUUUCCAAGCUGUAAGACUUCUUCAAUAUAAUUUUCCAAUCAAAGUAGUCUAUUCUCCUAUAUGGUAAGGAUUAAUGUGUGAUUGUAGGGUCCACUUGCCACUGUUAAAUAAUGGACUUGAAAAGUAUUUGGCAUUUAGAUGGAUGUGCAGAUUUACUGCUAGUUCAGUCAUAGAUUGGAGUUUGCAUAUUGUAAUGUAAAUGUAUGUCAACACUAUUCUAAAUAGUUUUAUUAUGACUGAAGUUUAAUUAAAUAAAAAGGUUGUAAAAUGUGAUGUGUAUGUGUAUAUACUGUAUGUGUACUUUUUAAAAUAGGUAUAUGUCCUGACCCUUUUUAUACAGGUUUGAAUUUGAAAUUACAUUAUAUAUACAUAUGCUUUAUUGUUCUAAAUAAAGAAUUUUAUGCACUCUC